GUGGACCACAGUGGGACAUUUUGUGACAGCGGAGAAGCCAGCGGAUACAUGGGGACACAGUUGGUGGCAGAUGCAGUAGAUUUAAACUUUAAUUCUGGGACUGAACACGUCUUCCACACUCGAGUCGUCCUUUGAAGAAAGAGGAAGUGAGACUGAAGAAAGAGGAAGUGGAAGUAAAAGGGUUACUUAACAAAGACGAGUAAGCUACCCCCUUAUAUAUGUGGAAGAGGACGUUUAAAAAGAAAAGUAGCAUCUUUAUAAACACACACUAUAUGAUCGGUGAAAGCUGCUGUGCUGGUUUAAAGUACCAAAAGAGCGUGCGUUUUUUUCAACUGAAAGCCGAUGCCCAGAGUUACUCAUGAUGUUACACAGUGAUUGAAGUCAAUAAUUGUCAGACUCAAUAGGAAACUGUGAAAAACUGAUAACCCUUUGAAGAACCCUUGUCGUCGCUCAUGCAUAACCACAGAUGUAGGCUGUCUAAAGUGCCAGAAACACGAUCCAUCACCAUCUCGCAGAUGUUUGCCAAAGCCACAAAAGCCUUCGUGAAGGACACAGAUCAUGCUGGUCGCCUGAUCCCUGUGUCCAGUCUGAAUGACACAGACAAACUGAAUCUCCGAUCACUCAUUGUCAAGACCAGGCACAGAUACUUCUGGCAGGAACCCAAAUACCAGUCCCUUGGCUUUACCCUCGGUGAUGUUCUGGAGCCUGGAGAGCCUGGAAACACACCUUUAAGCCCAACUGUCAAGGAGUCUGACUUUGUGGACUACAGUGGGACAUUUGGUGACAAGAAAGAAAUGAACGCAGAUGGAAACGUGGAGGCAAAGUUGGCUGAUUUCAACCUGACAGUGGAAGGGAAAUGGUCCACCAAACAGAAGCUGUCCCUUGGCAGCCUGAACAAAGAGAAGGUUGAUGUGAAGGACUUACACAACUACUCAAAAAACAGAGUUCUGGACAUGUCCCAUCCUGUGAUCAAGCAGACCCGUGCGAAUCCCAGGGCAGUGUUAGGCGUCUUGACGGAGAGGAUUAUGACAUCACUACCUUGCCCGGUCACAAACACUGUCCUUAAGCAUGGCAAUGUAGGAGCCAACGUGAGUGCCUGUGUGUUCCUGAGCGGGAAGGCCUCUAUGAAGCAGAUCGGCAGUACUCAGACAGAAAGUGAUGUGUCACUGGGUAUUCCUGCAAAUACUGUCAUGGCCUACAGUCUGAUUGAGCUCUACGUCAAAUGCAAUGGACAGUUUGAGCUGUGCCUCAUCCGCAACAAUGGGGGCUUUGAAAAGGUUUGGUCAAAUUACGAGAUUGAAGAGGAUGGAUUUAUGGACCUGAGAGGCGACUUUGAUACCACCAGCCCCUUAAAUCUGAACGAAGAACUGGAGAAACUGAGUGGUCAUUUACAGCUCCUGUCAGCUCUGCCGGUGGCCAAAUGCUCCUCUUUGCUCCAGCUCCUCAAGACAACCAUGGAGGACAGAGAGGCAGUCAGUGUGCUGGAGAGUGUGCUGGAUCAGAUGUGUGAAGGUGAGACUCCUGACCUGGGUGAUCUGGAAGAGUCUGAGAGGGAAACAGUCCAGGCCAUACUGGAUCUUGUAGACCAAUGUGUUGGGAAGGAUGAGGACGAGAUCCGAUCCUCACUUCUCAGUGCCAUCCACCUCAUUGUCAGUGCCAUGGACGGAAUGACAGAUGAGUGUCUCUCUGUGUUGGGAUCCUGUUGCAGUCCUCCAGUCUUACAGGCCCUGCAGAUCCUGGUGCAGCAUGUGGCAGCAGGGAGUGGGGAGACCCUCUCUCUGAGAGAUGCAGGUCUGGCUGUUCUGACUGAGGAGGAGCUGUAUCAGAGGACAGAGAGUCUCUUUGGUCACUCUGAAGUUACACUGAAGAGAGAGGAGGACACACUGAGGACAGAGAUGAAGGACCAGCCUGGAUACCUUCCUCUAGUCAUGAGUAUCACUGUGAAAGGCCUGGCCUCUUUAGUGUAAGGAGGGAGAGAUAGAGAGAGAGAACAUGCAACUUGUAAAUCCUGUUUGAACUGAUACACUCAGUAUUCCAUUCCAUGUCUUACUCCUGCACUAGUUGAGCUGAAGAACUAGUGAUCAACAGUGAAUGUAUCCUUGUAAUGUUUUCAGUAAAGUUCAACAAACGAUA